AUGGCUGGUACACUUGGAGCACGUAAAGGAAUGGCUCGAAUUCUUGAUGGAAUAAUAAAAUAUCGUCAAACACUACGACCAUCACUUUUAGAAGAAUUUAAAAAAGUAGCAACAGGACCUUCACCAGAAGGUCUUUUAUUAACUUGUGUUGAUAGUCGAGUUGUAGCAUCUCGUAUAACUCAAGCCGCACCCGGUCAAUUAUUUAUAGUUCGAAAUCCUGGUAAUUUAGUGCCUCAUCAUAAUUGUUUUCGAAAUAAUGUUACUGUUGGAGGUGAAUGUGGAGCUCUUGAAUUAGCUUGUUCUAUAAAUAAAGUUCAAGUUAUUGCUGUUAUUGGUCAUUCCGAUUGUAAAGCAAUGAAUCUACUUUAUUCCGUUCGUAAUGAUUUAAAAUCACCAUCAAAAGGUCCAUUAGAAGAUUGGUUAAGAUUUCAUGCACGAGGAACACUUGAACAAUUUAAAAAACUUGAAUCAGCGACUGGCUUUGAUCGAAAACUUAUAUUUCAUGGGGCACAACAUUAUGAAGAUGAUUUCGAAGCAUAUAUUGAUCCAUAUAAUCAAUUUAAACCUUCCGAUAAAUUUUCUCAAAUUAAUACAUUAGAACAAUUACAAAACUUUCUUACAUAUCCAUUUUUAAAAGAACGACUCAAUCGUAAUGAAUUAGAAGUUCAUGCACUUUGGACAGAUAUAUCCAAAGGCGAAUGUUUAUGUUCAUUUCGAAGAAUGAGAUUUAUUUUAUCUAGACAAAUAAAUUGUGUUAUUCUUCUUCUUAUUACCGUCACUAUAGUUGUUAGUUCUCAUAAACGAACAAUUAAGAAAAAUGAAUCAUUUAAUUUAAAACCACGUAUUGAUUGUUAUCCAGAAAGUGAAUCACCAUUUUCAAAUUAUUCGAAAGAAGCAUGUUUAGCACGAAAUUGUUUAUAUGAUGAUGAUGCUAAUUCAUCAACAAUUCAAUGUUAUUUAUCAUCUAAUUAUGGAUAUAUUUUACAAACUUCUACAAAACAAAAUAAUAAUAUUCAAUUAAAAUUAAAAAGAAAUCAAGCAAUUGGUAGUAUGUUUCCAGAUCCAAUCGAAAAUGUUAUACUUGAAGUUCAACAGUACACAAAUGAUAUUAUUAGAUUUAAACUAUAUGAUGCUGAUGAACAAAGAUAUGAAGUACCAAUACCAUUAACUCCACCAUCUAAUCGAGUUAAUUCACCAAAAUAUGAAUUUAAUUAUUCAUCAGAUAGUUCAAAUAAUAAUAUUAUUUCAUUUUCUAUUAAACGACGAAAAAAUCAAGCUAUUCUAUUCGAUACAUCACUAGGUGGUCUUGUAUUAAACAAUCAAUUUCUUCAAAUAAUAACACGAUUACAAUCAUCACAUGUCUAUGGUUUUGGAGAAAAUAAUCAUGAUUCACUUAAACAUAAUGUAACAGCUAAGCCAUCUUGGGGAAUAUUUGCUCGUGAUCAGGGAACAAAUUGGGAUACAAAUUCUAAUCACUAUGGUCAACAUCCAUUUUAUCUUGUAAUGGAACAAACAUCAGAUGAUAAACCAUCAGGUUGUAUGCAUGGUGUUCUUUUACUUAAUUCAAAUGCAAUGGAUUAUUCAUUUGAUUCAACACCAUCACUAACAUUACGUACAAUUGGUGGUAUAUUAGAUUUUUUUGUUUUUCUUGGUCCAAAACCUGAACAAGUUAUACAACAAUAUACAUGGCUAGUUGGAAGACCAUUUCUUCCACCAUAUUGGUCACUUGGUUUUCAAUUAUCACGUUGGGAUUAUUCAAAUUUAACACAUAUGCAAAUGGUUAAUAAACGAAAUCUCGAUGCUGGAAUUCCACUUGAUGUUCAAUAUGCUGAUAUUGAUUAUAUGGAUGCUGCUAAAGUUUUUACGAUUGAUCCAAUUCAUUAUAAAGGUAUGAAAGAAUAUUUUGAAGAUUUACAAUCUCAAGGAGUUCGAACAAUAAUUAUAUUGGAUCCUGGAAUGGCAGAUGAUCAAAAGUAUUAUGCUCCAACGAUUGAAGGAAUAAAAGAAGAUGUUUUUAUUAAAUGGGAUAAUGGAAGUAUAAUGCGAGGAGCUGUUUGGCCUGGACCAGUCUUUUUUCCAGAUUAUUUUACUGAGAGAACACAAAAUUGGUGGAAAAGAUGGAUUACAAAUUUCCGAUCAACUAAUUUGACUUUUGAUGGUCUUUGGAUUGAUAUGAAUGAACCAGCUUUGUUUGAGACGAAUGAUCCAUUUCCAUGGAAUUGGUUAGAAACAGGUAGUAAUUAUACAUUAAAAUGUCCUCAAAACCAAUGGGAAGAUCCACCUUAUCGUACUAAAUCUGUAUAUCGAUGGGAUAGAAAAAUCAAUCGAACAAGUCGUCUUUCUGAUCGUACUUUAUGUAUGUCAGCUUUGCAAGGUGAAAUAGAUUCAACAACAGAAAAACCAUUAUUUCGUCAUUAUGAUGUUCAUAGUCUUUAUGGAUGGAGUCAAACAAAGCCAACAUUAGAUGUACUUCAAAAAAUAACUGGUAAACGAAGUAUGGUUUUACCUCGAUCGACUUUUGUUGGUUCUGGUCAAUGGGCUGGCCAUUGGCUGGGUGAUAAUGAAGCAACAUGGCAUGAAAUGAAAAGAUCAUUGAUUGGAAUGAUAGAAUUUAAUUGGUUUGGAAUACCUUAUAAUGGAGCUGAUAUUUGUGGAUUUGAUAAGACACCAACAGAAGAAAUGUGUAUUCGUUGGAUGCAAGUCGGAGCUUUUUAUCCAUUUUCACGAAAUCAUAAUAUAUGGAAAACACCUGACCAAGAUCCAGCUGCAUGGUCAUCAUCUGCUAUUUCUAUUAUGGUUGAAGCACUUCGUAUUCGUUAUACACUUCUUCCAUAUUAUUAUACAUUAUUUUAUAAAUCACAUAUCAAUGGUUCAACUGUUAUUCGACCAUUAUUUCAUGAAUAUCCUACUGAUAAAAAUACACUUGAUAUAUUUCUUCAAUUUUUAAUUGGAUCUAAUAUAAUGAUAGCACCUGUAACUGAUGAAGGUGCAAGACAAGUUCAAGUAUAUAUUCCAUCAUCUGAAUGGUUUAAUUAUUAUACAGGUGAUCAAUAUCUUUAUUCAAAACAAUUUAUUAAUAUUUCAGCAGCCUUAGAUACAAUUCCUAUAUUAUUAAGAAGUGGAUCAAUUAUUCCGACACAACAAUAUGCAAAUAAUACAAAAUAUUCAAGACUCAAUCCAUUUGGUUUAAUAAUUAUAUUAAAUUCACACGGUAAUGCACAAGGUGAUUUAUUUUAUGAUGAUGGUGAAUCAAUUAAUACAAUUGGAACAAAAUCUUAUUAUUAUUCAACAUUUCAAUGGUCAUCAUCAAAUCAACAAUUAAUAAUAAAUGUGAUUGAAAAUAAUUAUUUAUUUAUGUCAAAUUUAAUCUUAGAUACAGUAACAAUUUAUGGAUUAAAAACAAUUCCAACAGUAAUAAAUGUUAAUAAUAAAGAAUUUUAUGCUAAAGUACGACCAUUUACACAAAUUGUUGAUAUUAAUAAUUUAGGAUUAGCCAUGGAUCAAAAUUAUAUAUUUACAUGGACAAAUACAGCAUCAAUGACUAUUGAACCACGAGAAAUUAUUUUUUCAAAUCCAAAAUAUCGUGUUGAUUGUUUUCCAGAUCCAGAUGUAACUAGUAAUGCAUGUUUUGUUCGUGGAUGUAUUUAUGAUCCAAUAUCACAAUCAGAUUAUCCUGCUUGUUAUAUUCCUUCUAAAAAAGGUGGUUAUGUAACUUCAUCUAUUGAAAAAAUAUCAAAUACUACAACACAAUAUAAACUUUCACGUCUAUCAAAAAAACCAGCUUUUAUUUCAACAUCUAAAUCAAAUAUAAAUUAUCGUGUCGACUCUCGUCAUUCUCAAUCAAAUCUUACAAAUAUAGUUACAACAGAUUCUGAUGAGUUUUCAAUGUAUGGUCAUGAUAUUGAUCACUUAAAUUUACAAGUUAGUGUAUCAGGUACAGAUAUGAUACGUUUAACAAUACGUGAUGACGAAAAAGAUAGAUAUGAAGUUCCUGUACCUAUUCAUUGGCAUCCAUCUACACUACCUACAUCAAUAACACCAAAAAUUCAAUUUGAAAUGACUAAAACAUUAAAUGGACAAGCUGGUUUUCGUAUCAAACGUACAGAUACUCAAUCAAUUAUAUUCGAUACAUCAUAUUUUGCUCAUGGAUUUAUUUAUGAUAAUCAAUAUAUUCAGUUUAUUACAACUAUUCCCUCGAAAAAUGUUUAUGGUUUUGGUGAAAAUACUCAUUCAUCAUUUCGUCAUAUAUUACAAAACUCUUUACGUUAUGGAAUAUUUGCUCGUGAUCAACCACCACAAGGUGGAAAUGAAAAUUUAUAUGGCACACAUCCAUUUUAUAUGUCAAUUGAACGUGAUGGACAAGCAUUUGGUGUACUUAUACUUAAUUCUAAUGCACAAGAUUAUAAAUUAGAUGAAUUUGAAAAUGAUCAAUCAAUGCUUACAUAUCGAACAAUUGGAGGAAUAUUAGAUAUAUUCUUUUUUGCUGGACCACGUCCUGAAGAUGUUAUUAGACAAUAUCAAUUAGUUAUUGGUUUUCCAUUUAUGCCACCUUAUUGGGCGCUUGGUUUUCAACUUUGUCGAUAUGGUUAUGAUACACUUGAGAAUAUGAAAGCAGCAAUGAAAAGAACUUUAGAUGGAAAUAUUCCAAUUGAUAUUCAAUAUGGUGAUAUUGAUUAUUUCCGACAACAACUUGAUUUUACUUGGGAUCCAAUACGUUUUAAAGGUUUACCCGAAUAUAUUGAUUGGUUACAUACACAAGGGAUGAAAUUUAUAACAAUUCUUGAUCCUGCUAUUGAUUCUGAAGAAUCAAACUAUACAGUUUUUACUGAAGGACAACAGGCUGAUAUUUGGAUUAAAUGGCCUGAAAGAAGAAAUAUUCAAUUUAAUGAAACAAAAAAUAACAAUAUGAUUGGAUAUGUGUGGCCAUAUGGUAAAUCUGUAUUUCCUGAUUAUUUAUAUCCCCCAACGAAAGAUUGGUGGACGAAUCAAAUAUUAAAUUAUCAUAAAAAAAUUAAAUUUGAUGGUCUUUGGAUUGAUAUGAAUGAACCAGCUAAUUUUGAUACAAAUAAAUUUCAACCAUGGAAUUGGCCUCAUGCUGAACCAUGGAAUCUUCAUUGUCCAAUGGAUGAACAAUUAGAAAAUCCUCGAUAUAAAACAGCUAUACAUGGUGAUUCUUUAUCCGAUAAAACACUUUGUAUGAUUGCUGAACAACGAGAUGGUCAUGGAAAAAUUUAUAAUCAUUAUGAUGUUCAUAAUUUAUAUGGAUGGUCAGAAACUUUAGCAACAUUACCAGCAACUCAUGCUAUAGAAAAUAAACGUUCAAUUAUAAUUAGUCGAUCAACAUUUCCAACAUCUGGCGCAUAUGGUGGUCAUUGGUUAGGUGAUAAUACAGCUGCAUGGCCACAUCUUAAACAUAAUAUAAUUGGAAUGUUAGAAUUUAAUUUAUUUGGUAUUCCAUAUAUUGGUGCAGAUAUUUGUGGUUUUGAAGGUAAUACAACCGAACAAAUGUGUCAACGUUGGAUGCAGUUAGGUGCAUUUAAUCCAUUUUUUCGUAAUCAUAAUGGUAUAAGAUUUGCAGAUCACGAUCCUGGAAGUUUUUCUCCAUCGAUAGUCGAUUCAAAUCGUCGUGUUGUUGAAACACGUUAUGGAUUAAUUCCAUAUUUAUAUACACUUUUUCAUCGUGUACACAUUUCAGGUGGAACUGUUGUUCGUUCAAUGGCACAUGAAUUUCCAAAUGAUUCAACAUGUUGGUCAAUUGAUGAACAAUUUCUUUGGGGUUCAUAUUUAUUAAUUGCACCUGUUAUAUAUGAAAAUCAUACAAGCAAAAAUGUUUAUUUACCAUCAGUAAAUGAACGAUGGUUUAAUUAUUAUACAGGCGAAGAAGAAUUAACACUUGGAAAUAUUAAUGUUACUGCUGAUUAUGAUUAUUUACCAUUAUUUUUACGUGGUGGAGCAAUUUUACCUCGACAACAAUCAGCAAUGAAUACAGUUAAAGCACGAUUAAAUCCAAUGAAUUUAAUAAUUGCAUUGAAUAAACAAGAAAAAGCUGAAGGAAAUUUAUUUUGGGAUGAUGGAGAUUCAAUUGAUACAUAUCAAAAACUAAAUUAUAAUUAUUUUUAUUUUAAUUUUAAUAAAGAAACGUUAUCAAUUCAAUCGUGGACAUAUAAAUAUCCACAAAUGGGUCAACAAAUAAAACUAGACGAAAUUACUAUUUAUGGUAUAACUGAACAACCAAUUAAAAUUCAAUGGAAUGGACAAGAUUUAUCUAAUAAUAAAUGGAAAUUUAAUAUAACUUCAAAAGUUCUUACAAUGGAAAAAUUAGCUUUAGAUUUUUCUCAAACACAUAAAUUUAUUUUUACUUAA